AAAGGGGCCGAGCUUCCCACAAAACAGGGGCUGUGUGCGAGGAGAAAGUGGCUCAGUGCGGGGAAAUCCAGCCUAGGGGGCACUUCCGAGCAAGCGGGGAGAGCGCAAGGGCCGGGCGGCGAGAGACAAAGAGAAGGGAGGACAUGAGCGAAGGCAGAGGGGGAGAACAGGGGAUCAGCUGAGUUAAAUCACGCAAGAAAAGCUCUUUCCCCCCGCCGGCUCAGCCCUAAGAAGCGCAGGGAGAGAUUCACACAUACACCCCCACAGCCCCCCCUGCCUCUUUGGGCAAGAAGACAAAGGAGCGGCCCCAUGGGGAAAGGGGGUGAGAAAGGAGGGGAGUCGGGGGAGCCGGAGGCGCAGAUCCGCUUCUACACCUGGGAGGAGAUCCAGAAGCACAACCUGAGGACGGACAAGUGGCUGGUGAUAGAGCGAAAGGUUUAUAAUGUCACCAAGUGGGCAAACAGACACCCGGGGGGUCACCGAGUGAUCAGCCACUGCGCCGGCGAAGAUGCCACGGAUGCAUUCCAGGCCUUCCACAUCAAUCCCACCUUGGUGCAAAAGUUUCUCAAGCCGUUACUUAUUGGAGAGCUUGCUCCAGGCGAACCUAGCCAGGACCGAGAUAAAAACUCCCAACUGGUGGAGGAUUUCCGGACCCUGAGGAAGACAGCAGAGGACAUGAACUUAUUCAGAGCAAAUCCUUUGUUCUUCUCUCUUUACUUGGGCCAUAUUAUUGCAAUGGAAGUUUUGGCUUGGUUAAUGGUUUCAUACUUCGGUACUGGCUGGAUCACAACUCUCAUCCUCGCUUGCAUCCUUACAACUUCCCAGGCCCAGGCAGGGUGGCUGCAGCAUGAUUUUGGACACCUCUCUGUCUUUAAGAAGUCUUCCUGGAACCACAUUGUCCACAAGUUUAUCAUUGGACACCUGAAGGGUGCCUCUGCAAACUGGUGGAACCAUCGUCACUUCCAACACCAUGCCAAGCCCAACAUAUUCAAGAAGGACCCAGACGUGAACAUGCUGCAUAUUUUUGUCCUCGGAGAUACGCAGCCUGUUGAGUAUGGCAAGAAGAAGCUGAAGUACCUACCUUACAAUCACCAGCAUGAGUACUUCUUUCUCAUCUUCCCGCCUCUGCUCAUCCCUGUGUAUUUCCAAAUCCAAAUCAUCUCGACCAUGAUCAGGCGCAGGUUCUGGGCGGACCUAGCCUGGGCCAUCAGCUACUACCUGCGCUACUUCAUCACAUACACCCCAUUCUACGGCGUCCUGGGAUCCCUGUCUCUCCUCACUUUUGUCAGGUUUCUGGAGAGUCACUGGUUUGUGUGGGUCACCCAGAUGAAUCACAUUCCAAUGGAAAUUGAUUGUGAGAAGCACAGAGACUGGCUUAGCUCUCAGGUAGCAGCUACCUGCAAUAUCGAGCAGUCCUUUUUCAAUGACUGGUUCACCGGGCACCUGAAUUUUCAAAUCGAGCACCACCUGUUUCCAACAAUGCCACGGCACAAUUUCUGGAAGGUGAAACCUUUGGUGAAGUCGUUAUGUGCCAAGUAUGGAGUCCAAUACGAAGAGAAGCCUCUUGGAAAAGCAUUUGUAGACAUCAUUGGGUCCCUAAAGAAAUCUGGAGCUCUAUGGCUGGAUGCUUACCUCCAUAAGUGAACAUGAAUCUUAAUGGGGAGGUGUGAGUGACUGGGAGGGAUGGGAGGGUGCGCGGGGGGGGAAAAAAAUCACACACGUGUCUUUUACUCUCAGAUUUCAGUCUAUGUCUACAUGCACAGUUGGAAGGGAGUUUCCCGUCUUGUCAGCUGCUACCGGUACGGGCUCAGGCAACCUGUUUAAUCAGACAAAUCUAAAAUGUGCUUCAGAGAAUGAAAAGCAAUGCCAGUAUUGCACAAAAUGGAAGGUCGGGAGAGGAUGGAGAGGAGGAGUGUUUAAAAAAAGAGCAUUAAUAUCCAACCUUGACCUUUUCUUCACAAGAUUCCAGUUCUACCUAAACCACACAAUCCCCUGAUUCAUAGACACAUAAAAGUUGUUAGGUUUCAGUGAGUAUUUGCAAUCCAAGGACACCCCAGUCCAUUUAUGCCUCUUUCUCCUUUCCCACGUUUGUGUUAAAGAGCUCAGCAGAGAGUUUAAUUUUGUUAUCAAUGAAAAAAUAAGGCAGUCUGUGAUGCCCAUCACAACAGUGAGCUCAGGUGGGCAGUGAUGCCCACAGGGACCGGCAGCUGCUGUACCGAGAUGGGGCUUUCAGCCCUGCCCAGACCCUCCUUUCUCUCCCUCCUUUCUUUCUUUAAUCAUAGCAUCACUUUAGUAAAAGCUGUGAUACUGAUCCUGCACAACUAAUGUCUAACCACCUCUCAGCAGGGUUAAUAUAGCUGUAUUUUUAUGACCAGCCCCUAUUUCCAGGGGUCUGUGGAAGAUCUCUGGGCUUAAACAGCAAUACGUCUCCUUUAGGAGAGGGCCUGUUUUCUCUUUAAUGAGCAACAGGUCUGGCACAGCAUUAUGGUUGUCAGUAAUUUACACAAAAGACCAAAAUAAGUCACAUAAGCAAAACGCACUAAUUGCUCCCAAGUGCUCCAGUGUCACCACAAAUGGCCUUUUCACCAGAGCAGUUAGGCCACGUGCUGCAGAAACGCACGGUCCUGCCUGUCUGCACAUGGCUGGCAGAAACCAAGCUGGUUUCUGCUGAUCAGAGGCCAGGAGCCAUGGUGCUAUUUACCCUUCUCUUGGGAACAAUCAGCAAAGAAAAUGAGUUCUCCCUGCAAAAGCAGGAGCUGCCCAACCAUUCGACCUGGCGCCCCCAGUCCUUCAGGGAGACAGCUGAAAACACCAGCCUGUGCUGGAGAUACUAAACCUUCGGGAGAACGCUCUUACAAGUUGUCUAAAACUCUGUAUUCUGCCCAACACCCAAUUACCAAAAUCCAUUAAGGGCUUAUCAGGAGAUAUGGUUGAACAGCUUCCAGUUGCUUCUCUAACAGGCAACCUGAUCCCAAGUAAAUCAAGGGCUUCAGAUUCAGUUGUAACACAAGAGAAGAGACGUACCCUUUAGUUUAUGAUCAAGGACCGUGGUUUCAAAAGCAGUCUCCAGUUCCAGCAGCUGUCUCGUUGCUCACUCGAAGCACACGAUAGGGGUACUCUCGUUAUUAGGCAAUGAUUUUGCACGCCUCAUUACUCAGCUCUGAAACUGGAUCUUCUCUAUCAAAUCCUUGAAUGAUAACAGAAGUCCCGCAAACUCAGCAAGGCGCUUCCUGAACAAAGACAACCCCAAGACUGGCCAGCCACUUCAACAAAUGCAUUUAUUCCCCCACCCCACCCUCUUUAGCAAAGAAGACAAGAUUAUAUCCUUGCUUACAGAUGAGAAAUUCAUAAGCAGGACUGCAACUUAAACUAGGUAAUAAUACUUAAGGUUUGCAAAGGGCUUAUGCUGGUGUUCUUGCCCACCCCUAAGCUGGCAAUACCAGAGUAUCACUAGGAACGGUAGUAUGAAAAGCUACUGUCUCCAGUGUGUCUGAAGCUCAAACAGGCUUUGAGCAAGUUUUCUAGUUGAUGUCUAAUAGCACAAACAAUAAAGUCCUUCUGGAUGCUGUAAUUUCCCAGACAGGUAGUAACGAGCUAGCCUAGAACUGUGACUAACAUUAAGACUGUCUUACUAUGUGCAUCUCUUCCUGACUCCUUGAAUGUAUCUCACUGGCUCUGCUCCAGCAAGGAUGACCGCAAGCACACAGUAGCAUCAGCAGUGCAAUCUUUUAAACAUCCAGCUUAUUUUUCUGACAGUUCAUAUUCUUUCAGCCCCCUCCCAGUUCUUAUUUCCAGAGCAAAUAUCUUCUCAAUACAGGUACCUCUUCCUGCUUAAUGCUGUCCCCUCUUCUCUCUCUUAUCUUUCUUCUUCGGAAACUGCUUUUUAACACCUAGAGAAACUACAGAAAACUGGUAGCUCAGCCUAGGUAAACAGUCCUGCUUUAGCAGCUUGGCUUCUUCUUUGCCACUGACGAGUCUAGUGGAAGGACUGGUUUUCUACUAAAAAUCCGAAGUACUGCCAACAAAACAGCCUAACGGUGCCCGGGAGACAGCAGCUACUACUGAUGAUGGCUGAAAGAACUUGAAACAUUCAAGGAGAACAACUAUGCUGCAACACUCUCAGAAGAAAAGGCCUGCUUUUAGGGAAAUGGGCAUUUUUUUUUUCUCAAAACCUUAGCACAAAAUACCCAAGGGAAGAAAGAGGGAACAGGAGAGAUCUUAACUCUUCCCCAGCUACCUGCUGCUUUCAGACUCUUGAAAAAUUCCCUUUUCAUGAAAAAUGUUCAGUUGCUGCAAUGUAGAAAUAAAAACUGUGCAAUGUUAUAGUCA